GUUAGUAAGUCUGUUUUUUGUAUGUUUGUUUGCUGUUUUUUAAAAAGUUUUUAGGGAGUGUAAUGAGUCCUUCUCUGUGUUUAGGGUGUUUGCAAAGUGUCAGAUUAUGAGACUGACUGCACAGCUGUAAGGGUUAGAUUCAAAACGUGUGUGUGUGUGUGUGUGUGUACAGGAAGCAAACGUGUGUGUUUUUGGUAUAUUGUGAACUUUGAGGAUGUCUAACUCCACCAUCAACUUCUACGACCUGCCUCAGUCCUUCAGCUUCUCUGAUAUUAUCGUCAUAGCAACAUACUUUCUUCUCAACCUUGCUGUCGGCAUCUGGUCAUCAUGCAGGGUGAGCAGGAAUACUCUGAGUGGAUAUUUCUUGGCUGGACGGGACAUGGCCUGGUGGCCGAUUGGGGCAUCUCUCUUUGCCAGCUCAGAAGGCUCUGGUUUGUUUAUUGGUCUGGCUGGGACUGGAGCUGCUGGAGGCAUCGCUGUCGCUGGCUUUGAGUGGAAUGCCACUUAUGUGCUGCUGGCUCUGGCCUGGGUAUUUGUGCCUGUCUACAUCUCCUCAGGGAUCGUGACAAUGCCGGAGUACUUGGGCCGUCGUUUUGGAGGAGAAAGGAUCAGAACCUACUUGGCUGUCCUCUCACUGCUGUUGUCCGUCUUCACAAAAAUAUCAACUGACCUGUACUCUGGAGCCUUGUUCGUUCAGGUGUGUCUUGGGUGGAACCUUUACCUGUCCACUGUCCUAAUGCUGGUGGUCACUGCUCUCUACACUAUUGCAGGCGGUCUUGCUGCUGUCAUCUAUACCGACACUCUACAGACAUUUGUCAUGAUUGUUGGAGCAAUCAUUCUAACAAUCACUGCCUUCAAUAAGAUUGGUGGAUAUGGAAACCUGGAGCGGGUGUACAGCAUGGCGGUGCCCAGUAAGAUCAUUCCAAACAGUACCUGCCACCUGCCACGUCAGGACGCCAUGCACCUGUUCAGAGAUGCGGUCACUGGAGAUCUGCCCUGGCCCGGCAUGACUCUGGGUCUAACCAUAUUGGCCACCUGGUACUGGUGCUCUGACCAGGUGAUUGUACAACGCUCCCUGUCAGCUAAGAACAUGAGUCACGUGAAAGGAGCAUCAAUCCUGGCUGCCUAUCUGAAGAUGCUUCCUUUUAUCUUCAUCAUCCUCCCCGGCAUGAUCAGCCGAGCGCUCUAUCCAGACUCUGUAGGAUGUGUGGAUCCAGAAGAGUGUGUGCGGGUGUGUGGAGCUGAGGUGGGAUGCUCCAACAUUGCCUUUCCCAAACUGGUGAUUGAACUCAUGCCAAGCGGCCUGCGUGGACUUAUGAUAGCGGUCAUGAUGGCUGCUCUGAUGUCUUCGCUGACCUCUAUCUUUAACAGUAGCUCCACACUCUUCACCAUGGACAUCUGGAAGAAACAUCGCCCACGGGCCUCAGAGAAAGAGCUGCUGUUGGUCGGCAGGAUUGUGACCGUGAUCUUGGUGGUGGUGAGUGUGGUGUGGAUCCCCAUCCUGCAGUCGGCCAACAGUGGCCAGCUGUACGUCUACAUCCAGUCAGUGACGAGCUACCUCGCUCCACCCGUCACCGCUGUCUUCACUCUGGCUGUGUUCUGGAAGAGGACCAACGAGCAGGGUGCAUUCUGGGGCCUGAUGGUGGGUUUGGUGGUGGGUGUGUGUAGGAUGGUGCUGGAGUUUGCCUUCCCGCCUCCCAGAUGUGGUGUUGUGGACUCGGCCCCUGCAGUGCUGCGCAGUGUCCACUACCUCCAUUUCGCCAUAUUGCUUUGUGGCCUCACUGCUAUCGUGGUUACUGUAGUAACACUGCUUACACCGCCGCCAACCCAUGAGCAGUUGUGUAACCUGACCUGGUGGACUCUGACUGAGGAGCCUCAAAGAGAAAUUCCUCUACAGAAAGUGUCCUCUAUCAGCCACCGUAGCUCCCAGGGCUCUGAGCCAACACGGCGGGUGACAUGUGGUCGGGGGACAGGAUUGUGUAUCUCAGCAGCACGGCCAUCAGAAGGGACUCCAGCUCCCAGAGUCCUCAGUGUUAGAGAGAGUGUGUUCUGGUCCAGGUUCUGCUGUGUCAAUGCGCUCCUGCUGAUCGGCAUUAACAUUUUUCUCUACGCAUACUUUGCCUGAGUAAAGGAUCAGAUUUAACAUCCUGCCUCACCCUCCUGCUGAACUCCUGCCAGUCUCUCCAACAUGAACUCGAAACUCUCCCUGCCUGCCAAACAGCCACUGAUUUCUCCAGAUACAAGAAGGUGGAGAAACAAACAGUGAUUUUUGUACUAAUUUUACACGAAUCCUUCAAAAUCAAGGGAAUAUUUUUACACUGUAUUUCAAGUGAAGCAUGCAGAUUUGGUUUCAGGUGCUAUAAAAUCACAUUUCAAACUAGAAAACAGGGGUGGGGUGGGUCUACAUACCUCCACCGAGGCUGCACAAACCCUUUAAAUGUGUUAUUUUCCACAAGAGACAAGGUUAAAGAGAGUUUAGUCCGCAUUUGUAUCAAAUUACACAUAAUGAUAGAUAAUCAUAGGAUAUACACGGCAGAGUUUUUUUCAACAAAGUAAGGCGAAAUGUUGUGUUCAGCAUUCUCCUUUUAAAAUGACUUCAUCAGACAAACAGAUGUGCUUUCAUGUUAUGACAGUUAUAUUUUUACCACCCCACUAGUGGCUUGUUCAUAAAACCGUCCCCUCAUAUUUGUUGCAACCUCGUUUUAAAGUUAUAGAAGGGUAUUGUACAAAUUACAAUGAAGCGUGUGGCUUGUAACAAGCUAACGUGAAUGUGCAUCAUCCUAAAUUUAAAGCUUACAAGAUUAUGUAGUGAGAAUACGUUUGUGUGGUUUAGGCUGCAUGUGAGUUUAUAUGCUUAUAAUGGUAAUUAUAUAGUUAUGGUAAUGUCCUUGUGUCUGUUAAACAAGGUUUUGUGAGCCUUUAGUUAUUGUGCUAGUGUUCGUUCAUGCUAUUUAGCUUGUUUAUGAAUAUACAUCAGAAUUUCUCAACCUUUUCUGGUCCAUGAUUUUUAAGCAUAAAUCAGGCACGUUUUAUAUUCCCAAGUUCAGUUGCAGCUCCAAAUUAUAUAGAAAGAAUUAGAUUUUUUACAUUUCUUUCUUAUUUUUACAAAUAUAUCUUUCAGAUGACCAUUUAUUUACUAGAAAUUUGACCUCUUUCUGCUUAACUCCUUCAAGAGGCAUAAACCCCAAGGUUGAGAAACUCUGUUCUGAUGCCUAUGUUGCUGUGCAUUUUUUAUUGCUGAUCCAAAUCCAUUCUUGUCAUAUCUCAAAUAAAGUUAAAAAUAUGUUGCAUCAAA